UUGAUAUAUCAUACAAUUUUAAAUUUGUAAAAAUCAAAAUUUUCAAUGAUAUACAUUACAACUAUAUAUCAAAUAAUAAUACAAUUAUUAUUUGGAAACAUUGUUUUAUAGCUAAGUAAUAUAAACUUAUAUUAGUUAAAAUUAUAAUAUGCUACACUUAGUUUCAAAUAAGUAUAAAAGUUUAGUAUGAAAAAAAAUUCAAUUACCCCGGGCCCAAAUGUAUACUCGUAUAAUAUUUACAAGUAUAAUUUUUAGUUGGGGCCCUCCCAUCUUGGUUACACCCGUUUUUUUAGUCCGGUUAUAAAUAAGUAACACAUUGUUUUCACUAAGUUUGAUUGUAUGUGAUAUCCGAAAGGGCGAAGAUUAGAAAUAUAACUCCGGUUGAGUAAACCUAGACGUAUUAUUUUCAGAAGGAAGAGAUCACAAUUUGUCGCGUCUGUAGAAUAUAGGUCAUGACAAGGGCCCUAAAAUGUACACAAAAAUAAAUAAAUAAACCAAUGUUGUUGAUUAGAAUAUAGGAAAAGCAGGGUAAGAUUUCCAAAAGGGAAUUGUUGAUCCGAAAGUGUUGGCCUAAAAACAUGCUCAGCUCUUAGCCCUGCAGAACCUCCCCGGUCUGAAUCGGGUCAUAAAAUUGGUGACGCUGGGGGAUCUGGCGUCGGCGCCAACAUGUACCAGCACCUCCACUCCCUAGUGCGAGCAAGGUUGUGGAUAUGUGAGAAGCUAACCGUUCUGGAAGGAUUUAGCUGGUUGGCUCUUGCUGUCCAACACCUCCGCGACGAUCUCGAAGGCCUACUGCCCGCCAUGAAUCCACAUGCCGCCUUACAGGGGCCUAACAGCGUUCUCCACACGUUUUCUCGGAUUAAGUACCAAGCGGGUCAGCUAAAACGUGCUAAGACCGAGAUCAGAUUUAGGGCUGGAGUGCUGGCAACGCAAGUUGGAACUCUCGACACACUCUUAAAAGGUCAGUCAGACCAGAUGGACCCGAUGAACUUGUGUUACUCAAGGAAGGGCAAUAAGAAGAGUGGUGAGGCUGAGGCAGAAUAUGAGCUUACCUCAGUGUGUCAGUAUCAUGGGUUUUGCAAACAACAAACUCUGUUUCUGGUUUCAGGUCCUUUCUUUGGUCCCUCCAAAUGUGGUUUUCUAUCAUUGCUAGUAUCAAGAAAAUGUUUAAUUAUGCACGAAAGCCACUGGAACUACAUUACCGCUGUUCCAUUCCAUCGUUACACAACUCAGAGCAAUGAGGGUGCUCACAGUGACGAGCUUGCUGCUGCUUCAAGGCUGGAAGAGAGCAUAAACUUUUAUCAAACUUCGACUCCUGAUGUUGCUAAGCUUUUCCAUAUCGACACAGCAGCAAAGCGUCCAUCAGUAGUACUUCUGAAGAAAGAGGAGGAGAAGUUGACCUUCUAUGAUGGGGAGUUUAAAGCAUCAGCCAUUGCUGAUUUUGUGUCUGCUAACAAGCUUCCUUUGAUUUUACUAUUUGCUGUUGCAAGCGAGUCCUCCAAAUUUCUGCCCAUCUUCAAGGAAGGAGCAAAGCCAUUUAAGGGAAAGCUAUUAUUUGUCUUUGUGGAGCUAGACAAUCAGGAAGUUGGUGAACCAGUUGCUGACUACUUUGGUAUUACUGGACAAGAGACCACAGUUCAUGCUUACACUGGUAAUGAAGAUGCUAAGAAAUUUUUCCUUGACGGUGAGGUGUCACUUGAAGCCAUUAAGGACUUUGCUGAAGGUUUCUUGGAAGACAAGCUUACACCAUUCUACAAGUCUGAACCAGUACCUGAACCUAUAUACGCACCAUGGUGUGGGCACUGUCAAUCACUGGAGCCUACUUACAACAAACUAGCCAAGCAUCUACGUGGUGUUGACUCCCUUGUGAUAGCUAAAAUGGAUGGUACUGCAAAUGAGCAUCCACAUGCAAAGUCUGACGGAUACCCAACUAUUCUCUUCUAUCCUGCUGGGAAGAAAAGCUUUGAGCCUAUCACUUUUGAGGGGGAGCGGACAGUGGUAGAUAUGUACAAGUUCAUCAAGAAACAUGCUAGCAUCCCUUUCAAGUUGAAGCGCUAG